GUUUCUUCUAAGUGGUAGCGCAGAUUCGUCGGAGUUCGCCAGCCGCUCCGAUAUCCCCUCAAAAAGAGAGAGUAAUUUAAACCUGUUAGUGAAGAACAAAUAUUAAGUUUAUUGCUGCGGUAGCUUUUGUAGUGGCAACUGAAUGCAAUUGGAUAUAUGACAAGUAAUACAAGCAUCGUGCAAUACUUUAUUUUAUUAGAUUAUAUGUACAAAGAUUUCAAUAGCAUCAUAUAGAGAUAAACGACAGACCAUGGCUUUCAAUAAAAGCUGACUUUACGAUACAAAGAAUUAAGCUCGAAAUUUUGUAACGUAAUGGAGUUAAAAGUGUGGGUAGAAGGAAUACAACGUAUCGUAUGCGGCGUUAGAGAAGAUUCUACUUGUCAGGAUGUAGUGUUAGCAAUUGCUAAUGCUACAGCCCAAACAGGUAGAUUUAUUUUGGUGGAACGUUGGAGAACAAAUGAACGUUUGUUAGCUCCUUAUGAAAAGCCUCUUAAGAUUUUGAUGAAAUGGGGUGAAUAUUCCUCUGAAGUACAAUUAAUUCUGAGAAAAUCAGAAAAUAAAUCAAAUGCUUUACCAUCUCGUUUAACAUAUGUACCACGUGCUAAUGGACUACCAGUGUCAUUGUCUGAACAUGGAACAAGUUCUACUGGUAUUCAAAAUGAUACCAAAAAUAUGCCGAUCUCACAAAGUUCAGAUUUUGAUGAUACGCAAGGAGGAUUGGAAAGAAAUAGAGAUACUAGGAAAUCACUCACAUUUAGUGGAUUCCAUGGAGCUAUCACAGAAGGCAAUAGCGAGAUUCAAAUGGAAAAUGUGGCUGUUGUACAACCCACACUACAUUUAAAAAGUAAGGACUUAAAUAUACGGAAAAAUAUACAAAAACCUGCUCAAUCACCUACACGAGGAGCUAAUGAAAUUGUCACACAUUUGUCACAGAAAAAGGUACGUGAGGUUCCACCUUACAGAGAGCCUCCAGGCCCUGCUUCACCACCAUUGCGAACUUUGCCACCUUAUCGAGAUCCACCGCCACCCAAUUUAAAUAGCCCUGGAAGAUCACAAUUUGUGCCUAGUAUCAAUAGCGGAAAUUCUCAUAUUCAUAAAGAUGAUCAGGCAUCUUCUAGUAAUUCCAUAAAAUUAAAAAGGAACCUCAUUCAGGAAUUCCAAGAAACUAAAGUACCUACACAAUCUGUCAAUCCACUGCCUGCCACAGCACAAAAUAUGGCAACUGUUGCUUAUACUCAACGGUAUGUUGAACUUAUAAAACUAGUCAAUAAACAACGGGACACUAUUAGUGCUCAGCAAGCUGAUAUUUCAAAAUUUGAUGCAGAAAUAUCAUAUUGGGAAUCAAAGAAUAGGGAACAGAUACAUCAAAUGGAUUUUAUUUCCCAGGAAGUCAGUCGUAUUGAGUCCAAUGGUCGUAUUAUUGAAGAGCAGCUUAAAGAAUUAGCUCAUGUAGAAGAAGAGAGUGAAAUAGUUAGACAACAAGAAAAAACACUGAAGUCGGAAAUAACAUUGCUCAGAUCAAAAUUGGCCAAUUGUGAGACAGAAUUGCUUCAAUGUAAAAAUAAGAUCAGAUUAGUUAUGGAAGAACUUGCAAUGGAGCAACAUAAUAUAAGUCGUGAAACGGAUGAACGACAAAUUAUAGAGCGAAAAAUAAUUAGUGAAGUGGAGCACUUGCAAAACGAGGUAGAACAGGCUAAACGUGCAACCGAGUUAGCUUCACAGUGUGCGGAAUCUCUAAAAUUAGAGGUGGUUAAUUUAGAAUCAGCUAUUGUUGAGAAGAAAUUACAAGUUGAAAGAUUGGUAGCUGACAUGAAGGAGGCAAAUCUGCAAAGUUUGGCCAUUGCAUGUUCAGAUGAGCAAGUCAAAUCUUUAUUAGAAGGAGCCCAUAAACCUGGAAGUACCCGUAAGAUGAUAGGAUCACCAAGACAAUUGGAAACUGCAGUACCCACAAGUAAAAAUCCACAUGGUGUGUGGGUAUAAACUGGAGAAAACACAAUAUAUCUGCCACAAUGCUCCCUUAAGUAAGAAAUAUAUAUAUCAAAAAAUCGUACACAUAUAUAAUAUAUAGAAGCAUUUUUAUGUUUAUAUAAUUUUAUAGUACUUAAACCGAUCGAUUUUUUCAUGUGUUUUUACAUCUUUACUGCAACAAAAUUAAUUGGUAUUAUUAUUAUACAUAUCAUAUUGACAAGAUUUUUAACUUAAUAUUAUAAUGUAUGGCCCCAUUUUUAGUUA